AUGACUGAUGAUACUGUUUGUAUCAAAUACAGCUGGCAGCACCCAAACCAUGAUCCAUUUAAGAUUGAAGAGAUCAGUUUGUCAAGAUUGCCAGAUGAAUUAAAACAAUGGCUUGAACAAGCUGGCAAUAGAUCUUAUUUCCCUUCUUCUCUUCUCAUUGAUUAUCAAUAUUUUUUGGAGAAUUUGGAAGAGUGGUGCAUUGACUCAACACACAAAACAAGCAAGUCAUUCAAUACUGUAGCUGGUAAAGGAUCUGAAGAUUGCUUUUUGUUUACAAUUGUUAUGCAAAACCCUAUCACCAAUAAGGGAUUGUCUGUCUGCUUCUUUAUAACUGAUCAUGAAUAUACCUCGACGUUGAAUCAAUGGUUAACAUGGGUAAAGAACACCUUUACAUUAAAGGUGAAAAGAAUAAUGAUUGACUGCAGCCCCAUCGAAAUUGGUGCAAUUGAAGAAGUCUUUGGUAAUAGUAUUAAUAUUCUGUUAUGUUAUUGGCAUAUUAAAAGAGCAUGGGAAGUUAAUUUAAAGAAGCAUAUUAAAGUGCAAAACUCAACACAUGUUUCGAACAUAGCUCAUAACAGUGUUCAUGCUGUAUUGAGUAAUAUGAUGCAUGCGACAACUUCUGUUGCCUAUGAUAUAUUAUAUAAUAAAUUUCUUGUGAAAUUUGGGGAAUACGAGAACUUUAUUUUAAUUAUGAUGCAAAGCAUGGAGAUUGAAUCUUAUCACAAUCAGCUGAAGACUUUCUAUUUUGGACGUCUAAUAUCUCUUCGAGUAGAUAGACUUAUUUAUCUUCUGGCCAAAGUCUUGACUCUUGACUACAGACAAGAGAGCGAUAGUGAUACUGCUAUGGAAAUGGUUGAGAAAUUGAGUGAUACUGCAUUCACUUGCAGAUCAUUCACAAUUGAUCUUAUUAUAUACAACAUUGAGCUGCAGAAUGAUUUUCUGCAAAACUGCACUUGCCCUGAUACUUCCAAGCUUUGCAAGCAUAUCUUUCUCAUCAAUUGUAUGCUAGAUAUUCCCUACUCUUUGCGCCAAAAUCUUUCCUCCUCCUCCUCUGCUGUCCAUGUAUCUAAUACUGAUACUAAAGCAGUAGUUGACACUUCCCUUCUUUCUGAUGAGAUAGAAGCUGAUAUUAUGAAGUAUUGUUAA